GCGUCAGAGUGAACAACAAUUAGGGUUUUAGACUUUGGUUCAAAUUCUUAAACCUACCAAUUGUUCACCCCUCUCUCCUCUGCUCGCUGACAGUUUCUCGCCGGAGAUGCCGAAAUCAAAGCGCAAUAGGCCAGUGACGCUAUCGAAGACGAAGAAGAAGGGGAGAGAGCAUAAAGAAACCGUAGUGAAUUCGAUACGUGAUGCUGCGGAGAAGUUCGAUUCGGUCUACGUUUUCACUUUCGAGAACAUGAGGAAUCUCAAGUUCAAGGAGUUCAGAGACCGCCUCAAGUCCUCCAGCAGAUUCUUUCUAGGAUCAAACAAAGUUAUGCAGGUUGCUCUGGGUAAGACUGCUGCCGAUGAGAUCAAAUCGGGUCUUCACAAGAUUUCGAAGGUUCUACAUGGAGAUUCAGGACUUUGUUUCACUAGCUUGCCUAAAGAAGAAGUGAUAAGAUUAUUUGGUGAAUACGAAGAUUAUGAUUUCGCUAGGACUGGGAGUACUGCAGCAGAAACGGUGGAGCUGAAAGAAGGUCCUCUCGAUCAGUUCACUCAUGAGAUGGAACCCUUCUUGCGCAAGCAAGGAAUGCCUGUUCGGUUAAACAAAGGUGUUGUAGAGCUUGUAUCAGACUAUACUGUAUGCGAAGAAGGAAAACAUUUAUCACCAGAGUCAGCUCGCAUACUGCGUCUAUUGGGAAUUAAGAUGGCUACGUUCAAACUACAUUUGAUAUGUAGAUGGAGCCCAGAGGACUUCGAAGUUUACAGAGAAGGGUUGGAAGAUUCCGAUAUUGAAUCUUCGUAGGUUUCAUUACUGGAAACAAAACUCUUUGGAAGAAAGAUUUGUGCAUCCUCAAGUUUUGACAUUAUUAUAUUAUGAGGGCGGAUAUUCGUUGUCGUGAAAGAUUUUGUAAGAUGGUUAAGUAAUCGAUUUUUCUCUUUACAGUCUUUA